UUCAAAUUCUUAUUUUUAGAAUAGAAGACUGUGCAACUGACAAAAGCGCGGCGCCAUAUUGCAUGCUUGUGUUUGGUUACUGUUCUGGCGCGUGGUCGACAAUUGUUAUAUUUAAUUAACUAUCAUGUCCGAUAAUCAGGAACAAAAACCCGAAGCCGGCCCAGGCGACGCAAAUUCCGAAUACAUCAAGCUUAAAGUCGUUGGAAAUGACAGCAAUGAAAUUCACUUUAGGGUAAAGAUGACCACUCAAAUGGGUAAACUCAAGAAAUCAUAUAGUGAUCGUGUGGGUGUACCUAUGACAUCUCUCAGGUUUCUAUUUGAUGGUAAAAGAAUUAAUGAUGAUGAAACUCCAAAGCAGUUGGAAAUGGAAAAUGAUGAUGUUAUUGAGGUAUACCAAGAACAAACAGGUGGUCACUACUGAAGAAAUUGAAUCUAUCAUUCAGUUUCAACAUCUUUUGAAGUGAAAGUGACUAUCAUAAACAAAUGGACAAGUUUAUCAGUAUAUAUAUGUAUGUUAAAAAAUAUGUAAUUUGGUUUUUUACGUAACAUUUUGAUGUGCUGUUCUACAUUCCUGUAACAUGGCAAGUUUAAGGACCAUCAGCAGUUAGUUUCAUACAUUGUAUACAUUUAACCACUUAAAGCAAAAGCAAAACAAGAAAAAAAAAGGAAAAGAAAAUAGAAAAAAAUAAUCACGCCUUACAGCCAUGAAUUUUGUCCAUUGAUAAUAACUAGCAAUGUAUUUGCAAUCAACAGACUUUUUAAUUAAUAGAUUUAGAUCGCGAGAAUUUCGAGAAAUUAAACUUUACGUUCGUUAUUAAAACAUGAUACAUAUUGUAUAACGUGAACAUGAUUUAAACAAAAAUUGUUGCGUUUAAGGUGCGUCUAUAAUAAAAGAAAUAAUUGUAAUAUUUUCCUUUUGCCUUUUUAAUGUAACAGUGACACAAAUAUUUUUAAUUUUAAAACCGUACAUCGAUGAUACGAAAAAACAAUUUGUUUCUCUAUCUAACAAACACGUAAUAGUUGAUUCAAUGUAAGUAAUGUGGAUGCUGGUACAGAAUUUAUUGUAAUAAAUUUGAAGUAUUAUGUAAGGUAUUACAUUAGAUAACAGACCAUUAAAUAACAUACAAUGUUGUACUUCUAAUUCUACACAUUUUACAGAAUACUAUUUAAAUUGUAGUAAAAGUAAAAAUUAGACGAAAAUUCUACAGAUUUAUUAAUUGUUUAACAUAUUUGAUUCUAUAAGAGCAUCCUUAUUACAAGAAUUUUUCAGUGCUUUAAUGAGACAAAAUUUUUACAAAUUGUAAUAAAAGUUAUUCUUGUACAGAUAAUUAAUACAGUUUCUGUUCUUGUUACUAAUGUGUAACAAUUGAUCGGUAUUUUUUUCACUGUUGCCAUUGCUUUUUGAAUGACAGGCAAGUUUUAAACUAAUAAAAACAAUUUAAGUAGGUACGUCUUUAGGCGGGAUAAAUAAACGUAAUAAUUACUUUAAUAUUUCCCAUUAAUGAAAUGUAGAACUUGUUGAAUGAUAAGACUUAUUAAAUAGUUAUAAAUAUUAGAUUCCCAUUUUCGUAACAAAGGCAGAUAACUUUGAUAUAAAUAAUAUUGUAAUAAUUACUACUAGCUGUAUGAUCAAGUUACAUCUACGUUCAAUCAGCUUAAUUGAUUUCACAAUCAUGUUUAUAUCUGUAAUAAUUAUCUAGAAAAUAAAUAAUUCUCUAUCGUU